AUGAGCAGGAUAAACCAGUCGAGUGUCUCUGAGUUCCUCCUCCUGGGGCUGUCUUGGCAGCCGCAGCAUCAGCAACUCCUCUUUGUGCUCUUCCUGAUCAUGUACCUGGCCACAGUCCUGGGAAACCUGCUCAUCAUCCUGGCCAUCAGCACAGACUCCCGCCUGCACACCCCCAUGUACUUCUUCCUCAGCAACCUGUCCUUCGUGGAUGUCUGUUUCUCCUCCACCACUGUCCCCAAGAUUCUGACCAACCACAUACUUGGGAGUCAGACAAUCUCCUUCUCUGGGUGUCUCACGCAGCUCUAUUUUCUCAUUGUGUUUGCCCAUAUAGACAAUUUCCUUCUGUCUGUGAUGGCCUAUGACCGCUUUGUUGCUGUAUGCCACCCCUUACACUACACAACAAAGAUGACCCCUCAGCUCUGUGCCCUGACGGUCUUUUUUUCUUGGGUCAUUGCCAAUCUGAAUGCUCUGUUGCAUACCCUGCUGAUGACUCGACUUUCAUUCUGUGCAGACAACAAUAUCCCCCACUUCUUCUGUGAUGUGAGUGUCCUGAAACUCUCCUGUUCUGACACAUACAUCAAUGACAUGGUUAUUCUUAUUGUAGCGGGGCUGGUUAUGAUCGCUCCAUUUGUUUGCAUCCUGGUUUCCUACAUUUGCAUCACCUGGGCUGUCCUGAGAGUCCCAUCCACAAAGGGAAAACUGAAAGCCUUCUCCACCUGUGGCUCCCACUUGUCUGUGGUUUCCCUCUUCUACGGCACCAUCAUUGCUCUGUAUUUCAACCCUUCCUCCUCCCACUCAAAAGAGACAGACAUUGCAGCUACUGUGAUGUACACAGUGGUGACCCCCAUGCUGAAUCCUUUCAUCUACAGCCUCAGGAACAAGGACUUGAAAAGGGCCCUAAAAAAAGUAAUUGGUAGAAAAAGGUUUUCUACCCAAUGA